CGCGCUGCAACGGCGGGGAAGAGGGGAGACGGCGGACACAUAUAGACCCUCACCCGGGAGACCGGCUGCUUCUGCAGAGGCCGGGAGGCGAUAAGAUAACGCGUGAAGCACCCCACAGGAGUCAAUGCAAUCGGGCAGAGGGCGCAGCCUCAGCCGGCAGUGACAGAAACGAGAUUUAAUCUGCAUUGAGGAGAGAAAAAUAACCCCAGCGAGAGGAUGAGGUUGCACAUCUGGGCAGCGGUCGCCUGCUCGCUGGUGGCGGCGGCUGUCUGCACCAAAGCCAACAAGCACAAGCCAUGGAUCGAGGCCGAGUACCAGGGGAUCGUGAUGGAGAACGAUAAGACAGUGCUUCUCAACCCCCCACUCUUCGCCAUCGACAAGGACGCCCCGCUCCGCUACGCAGGAGAGAUCUGCGGAUUUAAGAUUCACGGCCAGAAUGUGCCAUUCGAGGCGGUGGUCCUGGACAAGAUGACGGGAGAAGGGAUUAUUCAGGCGAAGACGGCCGUGGACUGCGAGUCACAGCGGGAACACACCUUCACUAUCCAGGCACAUGACUGUGGAGAGGAUGCACAGAAGACCAACGUCAAGCGGUCCCACAAGGCCGUGGUACACGUACGGGUGAACGAUGUGAACGAGUUUGUACCCGUGUUCAUGGAGCGCCUAUACCGGGUGUCGGUGUCCGAGGGGAAGGUGCCGGGGCCGCUGCUGAAAGUGGAGGCUGUGGAUGGAGACUGCUCGCCGCAGUACAGUCAGAUCUGUUUCUACCAGAUCCUCACUCCCGAUGUCCCCUUCACCAUUGAUAACGACGGAAACAUCCGAAACACGGAGACACUGGACGGCAUGAAGGAAACCCUCUUCACCUUCACGGUCACAGCCUACGACUGCGGGAAGAAGCGAGCGGCCGAGGAUGCCCAGGUGCAGGUGGAGGUCAGGCCCACCUGUGUGCCUUCCUGGCUUGGUUGGAACGAACGUAUCGAGUAUGCCCCAGGCUCGGGCUCGCAGGCUCUGUUCCCCCACAUCCACCUGGAGACGUGCGAGCAGUCGGUGUGGGACAUCAGGGCUGUCAUCGAGCUGCAGACCAGCCACGUGGCCAAGGGCUGCGACCGCGACAACUACUCCGAGAAGACCCUGAGGAAACUUUGCGGUGCCUCUCGGGGGGAAAUGGAUCUCCUGCCUCCCCCUGGCCCGCUGAUGAACUGGACCCGGGGUGUGCCCACGCUGGAGAGCCAGGACACGAGCCAGGUCUACCUGUUUAACCACUCCCGGCCCGUGCCCGUGCCCCCCGGCGCCGUGCCCCCCGGCCUCGGGGACUCCUUCACCCUCUCCUUCUGGAUGAAGCACACCGCCCCCAGCAAGGACCCCCACGCCAGGGACGAAGAGGCCAUCGUCUGCCACACCAUGCCGGCAGACUCGGGCUACGCGCACUACGCCCUGACCGUCCACGGGCCCCGUGUCUCCUUCCUGUACUGGCCCCAGCUGGGGAGCACUCGUCCGGUCAAGUUCCGCUGGAAGCUGGAGCAGGUCUGUGACGACGAGUGGCACCACUACGCCCUGAGCCUCCAGUUCCCCACCGUGGUCCUCUACGUAGACGGCGUGACCUUCGAGCCCGCCUUGGUCAUGGAGAGCGGCCCCUUCCGUCCACCCAGGCCUCAGCCUCGCCUGGUCAUCGGAGCCUGCUGGACAGAUGAGAUCUGGACAGAAACAAACAACAUCACCGACGUUCCCCCAGCCUCACUGGAGCCCCCUCUGGAACGGUUAUUGACGGCGCUGCUGGCCGGGGUGACGAUAAGGCCGGGGCCCAUGGAUGGCCACCAGGUUCUCGAGUGUCUCUACUCCUGCAGGGAAGGGCUCGACUUCAGUGACUUCGAGAGUCUGGGCAAAGGCAUGAAGGUCCACAUUAACCCUUCACAGACACAGCUGGUCUUGGAGGGAGACGACAUCGAGAACAUUAACCGAGCCAUUGAGCACGUCACCUAUCGCAACGCUCUCCGCUACGCCACCCCAGGAGUUCGUCCCCUCAAGCUCACCACCACCAUGAAGUGUUUGAGUGAGGGUCCCUGUGUCUCCGUGGCCCCAGUGGAGGGCUUGCUGGCGGUACUGGAGCCAGAGGAGCCCCGGAUCACGGUGAGGGGCGAGCCCCACCUGGCGCGCCCGGCGUCCGACUGCGAGACGGAGGGGGGCGUCCAGCUGUUCCCCGGCCUCCGCAUCUCCUGCACCAUCACCCACCACCUCCGGCCCCAGGACGUGCCCAGCCCGCAGCCCACCGCACAAGACCCCCUGGCAUCAGAUAGCUUUAUCCACAGUUUGGAUUCGUGUGAGGUGUUUGUUCUGGGGGAGUCGCUGGACCCCAGUCGUGACCAGCUGAUCCUCGAUCCGCAGUUCAUCCAGCAGAAGGGCCUGCAGGUCACCAACACCAGCAGCGUCCUCACCAUCUCCGGCGUCGAGAGCAUCGGUGUCUACGAGCUGGUGCUACGAGGGAUUCACUACCAUGUAGAGCCGGGCGCUGCAUUGUACGAGCGCAAGUUUCGUCUGCUGUGCGGGGAGAUGAACGGGCGGUACGUCAGCAACGAGUUCACCGUCGAGCUGAACGUGCUACACACCCUGGGAUCCCCGGUACAACCCAGCCACCUGCAGCUGGGACAGCAGUUCCUGCACUCGGCACCCAGGGGACACCCCGAGCUGGCCGGACACCGGGUGGCUAGCACCCACCGCAGCUCAGUGGUCCCUGGAGCUGCCACCGUCAUCAUCCUGGUCUGCGUCGCCUUCCUGGUCUUGAUGGUCAUCCUCGGAAUAUUCCGGAUCCGCUCCGUCCGGCCUGGACCGCAGGAUGCAAGGCGGGGACAGGAGGGCGAAGCCUUCUGGGACGACAGUGCCCUCACCAUUAUCGUCAACCCCAUGGAGACCUAUGAGCACAGGCAGGGGUCGGGGGAGGUGCCAGAUGGUCAUGGCCCAAUGACCCCAAGCUCCUCAGGGCAGGAGAAGGUGACCAGUUGCCGAUACUGACCACUCAUCGACCCCUCCACCACCCCAACUGCAUCGCCAUGACCUUUCUCCCAGACUGACGAAUCACCGUGUGCCUGCGACGUGUGACCCCUUACCUCAUCACAUCACCCUGACCCCUGACACAGUCCCCUCGUACGUCUCUGCCAACCUCUGACCCCGGAACGCAAUAAGCGCACCGCUUGUGCUCUCCCCCUACCCCUUCUCACCCCCUCCCCAUCCUCUCCCGCUAACCCAAUCCAUCAUCGCUCCACCCCCUUCGACCCCCUCCCUCAACACCUGCCCCUCUCCUCCCCCUCAAAUCCUCUCCCCUCACUUCCUUCUCCUCUCACUUCCUUCUCCUCUGACUUCCUUCUCCUCUGAUUUCUCUCCCUAUCUCACCACCUCCUCCCUCUUACCUCCUCCUCCUCUGCCAUCUCCCUAUCUCACCUCCUCUCCCUCACCUUCUCCCCCUCCAACCUCAUCCUCUCAAACUCACCCUCUCCCUCCCCUGUCUCCUCCUCGCCAAGCUCCCCCUCCCUCCCUCUCUCCCCCUCUCCCUCUCUCCCUCUCUCCCUCUCUCCCUCCCUCGGUUCUGGUGUCGCUGUUUCCCUGUUGCACCACCCUCACGCCCUCCCCCCAGGGCUGGUCGCAUCCCAGCUGACCCUCGUUCUUCUCUCCCUCGACGCCUCAUUCCCCCACCCUCCUUUCCGGGGAGCCCCGCUUCCUCCCAAAAACCCCACACCAGCAGGUCGUCACCAGGAAGAGGCUCAGGGAGGGAAGAGGGGAAGGUAGGGCGCGUGGGGAGGGGAUGGGAAGGUGGGAGACAGAGAGGGCAGGAGGUGAGAGACGGCAGAGGUGCGAGCGAAGGUUUGCGAGGUGAGGAAGA